UUAACAAAAGAAUUUUGGGUUAAAAGUAGCCUUCUGAUCUUCUAACGCACCUAAUAACCUAUAGUACAGAAAAUGGAAGGUGAAGCCAAAGAAGGAAAGGAAAGUGAGCCUCAGGCGGAUCCAGCACCAGCCGGAGAUGCACCACCCGCAGGUGAGGGUGCGCCAGCCGGAGAGGGUGGCGAUGGUGAGAUUGUUGGUGGACCACGCAACCCUCAACAAAUAGCGGCACAAAAGCGUUUACAACAAACCCAGGCACAAGUUGAUGAGGUUGUUGAUAUUAUGCGAACAAAUGUCGAGAAAGUACUCGAAAGAGAUCAAAAACUUUCCGAAUUAGACGAUCGUGCUGACGCCUUGCAACAGGGUGCCUCACAAUUUGAACAGCAAGCUGGUAAAUUGAAACGAAAAUUCUGGUUGCAAAACUUAAAGAUGAUGAUUAUUAUGGGCGUUAUUGGUCUAGUUAUUGUGGGCAUUAUUGCAAGUAAGUAACUUUUAUAAUGUGUUUUUCGUCAUAAAAAUUGUUAAGAGAAAUGAAAAAGAAAGGAGCAGUAAAAUUAAAACAUUUUAACAGUUUUCUGUUAAAUGUUUAAAACUUAAAA